ACUGGAGUCACCAUCUAACAAAGAAAAAAGAGCACAGAGGGGUGAAAAGGCAGGAACACGUAUAAAGAAAAGAGACACUUCAAACAACAGUGACAACAGGGGCGUUGACCUGCAACGGUAUGGACUCGGACGUGGACACUGGUGUCAAGCACACUUACAGCUCCUCACAGUGCAGAGACACAGAUUUGUUCUCGUCUGAAGAAGACAGCAGUCUCUACUUCACCUACAGUGGAGGGUGCAAUGAGCUGGAGGUUAACAACCUGCAAUAUGAGGUGGACACAGCAGCACAGAUUCCCUGGUAUGAAAGGUUGUCAGAGUUCAAGUUGCCAUGGGAGAUUAACGGAAACAAGCAGACGGCCAUCAACAAACUCAGCCUGCGAGUUCACAGCGGACAAAUGCUCGCUGUCAUCGGCAGCUCAGGCUGUGGUAAAACGUCUUUGCUUGACAUCAUAACUUGCCGGGAUGAGGGUGGGACAAUAACCUCAGGCCAGAUUCUGAUCAAUGGGAAGCCUAACACGCCCAAGGUGGUGAGGAAGACCGUCGCUCAUGUUCGCCAGGAUGACCGCCUUCUUCCUCACCUCACUGUCCGUGAGACUCUUGUCUUUGUGGCCAAACUGAGGCUUCCCACCCACUUCACAAAGGCUCAGAGGGACAAGAGGGUAGAUGAUGUCAUUGCUGAGCUGCGGCUGCGACAGUGUGCACACACCAGAGUUGGAAAUGACUAUGUGAGGGGUGUUUCAGGAGGAGAGAGGAGGAGAGUCAGCAUCGCUGUGCAACUUCUCUGGAAUCCUGGUAUUUUGAUCCUGGAUGAGCCCACUUCAGGCUUGGACAGUUUCACUGCCCACAACCUGGUGAUCACACUGUCCCGUCUGGCCCGGGGGAACCGUCUGGUCCUGUUGUCGGUCCACCAGCCUCGCUCUGACAUCUUCCAGCUCUUUGACCUCGUCGUCCUGCUGUCGUCGGGUUCAGCUGUUUACUGCGGACCUGCUUGUGACAUGGUGCCAUAUUUCACUGCCCUGGGAUACCCCUGCCCACGAUACUGCAACCCAUCAGACUUCUAUGUUGAUCUGAUCAGUAUAGACCGCCGCAGUCCAGAGCAAGAAGCUGAAUGUUUGGAGCGGGCCCGAGUUCUGGCGGAGCAGUUUGAAGAAAAAGUGAAAGACACAGAAGAUCAUAUGUGGAAACCAGAUGGAAGCAGCACAUCAAUAACCUCCGAUGACAGUUCUCAGCAGCCUGGGGUAGUGGAAGGAGAGCAGUUGAUCACUAUUUCACAGCAAAUAAACAGACUACCAGGAAAACUACAUCAAUUUACUGUACUCAUUAGGCGUCACAUGUAUAAUGACUACAGAGACCUGGUCACCAUAUUGGUCCACGGCUUCGAGGCCCUUCUCAUGUCACUGCUGGUCGGUUGUCUCUACUACGGUGCAGGACAGGAGCGACUGUCCAUUCAGGACACGGUGGCACUCCUCUACAUGAUCGGAGCUCUCACGCCAUUCGCUGUGGUGCUGGACGUCAUAGCUAAAUGUCACACAGAGCGAGCCAUGCUUUACCAUGAGCUGGAGGACGGCAUGUACUCAGUCACCUCAUACUUCUUUGCUAAGGUCUUGGGGGAGCUACCCGAACAUUGUGUGUUUACUUUGGUUUACGGUCUUCCCAUCUAUUGGCUGGCCGGCCUUAAUGAUGCUCCGGACCGAUUCCUGCUCAAUUUCCUGUUGGUGUGGCUGAUGGUUUACUGCAGCCGUGCCAUGGCUCUGUUUGUGGCUGCAGCUCUGCCUACCCUGCAAACCUCAUCCUUUAUGGGCAAUGCAUUGUUCACCGUCUUCUAUCUGACUGGGGGGUUUGUCAUCAGUCUGCAGAACAUGUGGCUGGUGGCAUCAUGGCUGUCCUACAUCUCCUUUAUGCGUUGGGGCUUUGAGGGAAUGCUGCAGGUUCAGUUCAGAGGCAACAAGUACCCAGUCACUGUCAAUAACUACACCAUAGAAAUUGACGGCAUUCAUGUGGUGGGUAUUUUGAACAUGAACCAACACCCUCUGUACUCAUGUUAUCUGGUGCUGCUGGCGGUCUGUCUAGUCUUCAUGGCUCUUUACUACUUGUCCCUAAAAUUCAUCAAGCAGAAGUCAAGUCAAGACUGGUGAAUAACUCUGUCUGACAUCUGCUAUCCAACAUGCACUGACAGCAAGGUUUUACUUUUUUGUAUUAUUUUAAUAUCACAACAAUUGGAAGGAAUGUGGACUUUGUUCGACUGGUUCGACAAUGAGCCAUUGUUUAUUCUAAUGUUUACAGUGAGAAAAAUACUUAAUUCAGGAAAAAUAAUAGUAAUAAUUAUAGUAAGUCAGUCAUUUUAUCAGAAACUCUUAACAUCUUUGAAGCACUUUAUUAUGGAGUGAGUGGGUCAUGUAAUUAUUAUUUUUUAAUAUUUUUAAUAUACAUUAGGAAAUUUAGAGGCAAAAAGUUGUUCCUUUAAGCUGGAAGUCAGAGUAUUUGCUGCAGUACCACUGUUUGCUGCUGGAUGGCAGCAGAGCACUGCAACACAACCAAAGUUAAAAUGAUGGAUUUUUUUUCUCUCCUGUCUGUGUUGGCAAGUGAUUAGAGCGCCACUUUGGCAGAUAUCCAUCUGCAGCUUUUGCGUGUUCCAUUUUCAAUCUCCUUUUUUUCUACAGCUUUAUCUUUUUGUAUAUAUAAAGUUAUUAAGCUCAACAAUGUGUGUGCCAGUAUAGGAAGCACUGAAAAAAAAACCCUACGAGAGAUUUAGUAAGUCACACUGAGAACAAGAGUGUGUACAAAUCGAGAUUGAAGAUUAUGUAAGCUGUGUAUUUUUGCACUGGUGCAAAAGACUGAUAAAUAUAUUACUAAUGUGGUUUGAGCCCAAAUUACUUGAUGAUUAAAUCAAAUUACACCACA